UUUCUCACCAAAGGAAGAUGUCUUUCGUUUCUGAGGAUUCUUCAACCUCCAGAGAUACAGGCCGAGCUCCAAGCGUAGUUCUAGAACAUACUCGAACGCCUCAAGAUAGAGAGCCAGCACGAAAGAGCAAAAGCCGUAUAUAUUAUUGCAAAUAUUGCUUAGCAUGGAGUGCUCAAAACACAACGAACUUCCGACAACACCUUCAAUCAAAGAACGGAAUCAUAGCUCCUAACCAACCGAGAAAGGUUGACGAGCUCAGCAACACUACAUUGCAAUCUCUAUAUGAGAAAGCAAUGACGAUCAACCAGACUUUGAACUUGAUGCUCAAAUCUUCAAACGAGCGCUAAAUAAAGAAGUUAUUACACAGGCGAUUGUUUCGCUUAUUGUGGUCGACAAUCUUCCUUUCCGGAUAGUCGAAAGCCCUCGAUUCCAUACGCUCUGCAAAGCUCUCAAUCCAUCAGUAUCAAACGAAGUCGUUUCAGCACAUUCCACAAUCAAAGAACACAUCAAAAAAUCUUGGCUUUUUCACAAAGAUAUCGUUCGGAAAAAACUUCAAUCAUCUCGCUCAAAGAUUCACCUUUCCAUCGAUGUCUGGACUUCUCCGGAUCAGAAACUAUUCCUAGCAGUUGCUGCUCAUUUUGUGGAUUUCGGAUCGGAAACCCUCCAAAAGGCACUUAUCGGACUUCCAUCUAUCACAUCA